AUGGCAUCCAAGGCUCUCAGCACUGAGAAAAUAGCUUUCAUCGAAGCUGCUAUCGAACACGGUGUUUUAUUAUUUGGUGAAUUUACUUUGAAAUCUGGUCGAAUAUCCCCAUACUUCUUCAACGCAGGAUUACUGUACACCGGUUCACUAUUAUCUUCAACAUCCAAAGCGUACGCCAAGAUAUUGACCACAUCAAGAAUACCUGAAUUCGACGUCCUUUUCGGUCCUGCAUAUAAAGGUAUUGCUCUUGCUGCUAUCACAGCCGUUGAUCUAAGUAGGGAUGGAAGGGAAGUUGGAUUUGCUUAUAACAGGAAGGAAAAGAAGGAUCACGGAGAAGGGGGUUCACUAGUUGGGGCUCCCCUGAAAGGUCGAAUAGUCAUAAUAGACGAUGUAUUGACAAAAGGAACAGCUAUACGAGAAGCUAUAGCCAUACUCAAAACACAACCCGAAGCUGAUUUAGUGGGUAUAGUCCAACUUGUAGAUAGACAAGAAAGAGGGCAAAGUGGUAAAUCUACUGUCCAAGAAGUAGAAGAAGAAUUCAAGAUACCUGUUGAACCAAUCAUCAACUUGGAAGAUAUAAUAGCUUAUUUGGAAAAUAAAGGUACUUAUUCAAAAGAACUGGAAUCUAUCAAAGAAUACAGAAAAUCAUAUGGUAUCGGUGCUUAA